AUGAUCUCAACGAUUUCUCCUUUGCUCUUUGCCACCCUGGUAUUUGGCCAUGGCUACUUGACUAUUCCAUCUAGUCGUACCCGGCUUGGUUUCGAAGCCGGCACGGACACCUGCCCAGAGUGCACCAUACUAGAACCUGUCUCAUCGUGGCCAGAUCUUGAUGUCGCCCCGGUAGGAAGAAGUGGCGUAUGCGGGUACAAUGCUCGCGUGAGCGUUGAUUAUAACUACCCCGGCAGUGCGUGGGGCACAAGCACGGUAGCUACCUACUCACCUGGUCAGGUUGUCGACGUUCAGUGGUGUGUGGAUGCCAACGGUGACCAUGGAGGAAUGUUCAGUUACCGCAUUUGCCAGGACCAGAGUAUUGUUGAUAAGUUCUUGACUCCUGGUUACGUGCCGACCGAGGCUGAAAAGCAAGCUGGACAAGACUGCUUCGACGCCGGACUUCUAGACUGUACCGAUGUGUCUGGUCAGAGCUGUGGAUACAACCCGGAUUGUACAUCCGGUCAAGCAUGCUACCGGAAUGACUGGUUCACAUGCAACGCCUUCAAUGCUAACGACAGACGGUCAUGUGAAGGUGUGGACAACGCUGGUCUCAACUCUUGCAAGACGACUAUUGCUGGCGGGUACUCAGUGACGAAGAAGAUCAAGAUUCCCGACUUCACGUCCAACCACACUCUACUCCAGUUCAAGUGGAAUUCCUUCCAGACUGGACAGAUAUACUUGUCAUGCGCGGAUAUUGCCAUUUCAGGGGGUGGCUCAACCCCAGAAACGACGCUCAAGACGUCCACGACAUCUGUCACGAAGACGAGUACUGCGGCGCCAUCAGCAACGGCUUGCAAUAACGCUGCUAGCGUUUCUGUGACUUUCAACGAGGCAGUCACUACAUCAUUUGGUCAGACAAUAAAGAUUGUUGGCUCUAUUCCUGCUCUGGGCAGCUGGAACGUAGCAUCCGCGCCCGCGCUAUCUGCUGCAGCAUACACUAGUACCAACCCUCAGUGGUCUACUACUCUGAGCUUGGCUGCGGGCACCUCCUUCGAGUACAAGUUUGUGAAGGUGGAGUCCACUGGCGCCGUGACUUGGGAGAGCGACCCGAAUCGCUCGUACACAGUCUCGUCGUCUUGCGCAACUACAGCUACUGUCGGGGCAUCCUGGCGAUGA